AUUACUCCAUGUUAUUGUAACUCUGAUGAAAUGCUAGGAAAUUAACGAGUGAGGCGACUCGUUGAGUUUAACUUGAUGCUGGGUUUACCUGGUAAACAAAUCAGUUGGGUUGAACUGUUCAACUCAACAACAUCAACAACAACUUCCACUUUUCACUCAUCUAUUCAUAAUAGGUUCAACUGUAAAUUUAACACCAUAUUGUAACAAAAUCCAUCAUAAUUGAUCAACUAAUUAUUUUUCAUCAUCUAUUUAUAUCAUCUUUACGAUUCUCUCUGUUCAUCUGUAAUUCAACAUCUUUUUCACUCAAUUUAAAUUUAUUCCUUAAAAUAACCUUUCACUUGAAAUAGACGCAAGUCAAGUUGUUGCCUUGAUUCGAGUCGGUGUAACCAGAAUAUCUCAACAUUUGGUUGCAUUUAUUUUGGGCUAAUCUACUGCCUUUACCUUUCCUUUGGUCAUAAUACAACCAAAUCUUUGUUCAAAUCUUAUUGUGAUCAACAGUGUCAAGUGAAUAUUUACCUGAAAUUGAUUGUCCAUUAAUCACUUGAAACUUCAACUUUAUUUUUACUCAACCUUCGAUUGGAUUACAGUUAUCAGAGGAAAAAGCAAAAUAAAGAUUGAUAUUCAAUCAAGUUUUUGCUCAAGUCAAGUCUGAUUGUUACCAAUCAAUGGAACCCAAUUGGGUCGACAAUUUACCCGAUGCUAACUAUGAGUACAUGGUUGGAAUACGAAAGCCACACUUUGAUCAACUUAGAGACAUUAUUGGUCGAUCCGGAAUUCACCCUGCUUCAGGUGAUUUAGCCUUGUAUCUGAUUAAAUUGAAACAUGCUUUACCUAAUCGCUUGUUGGCAUCAAUGUUUCGCUGUCCUUUGGCUGAUUGCAACUCAAAGAUUGACCGAGUUCGAAAAACACUUAGAUCUGAAUUUUCCUACAAAUACAUUGGUUUCAAUCGAAACAGUCGAUCCUUUGUUAUGACCAAGCAAACUCGUCGUGAUAUAAUCCAUGGAUUAAAUGUUCCAAAAGAUGCAGUUUUCCUGAUAGAAGACGGAAUUCCCUAUUUGAUUCCCAAUGAAAGCGAUUCUCUACCCAAACAUCUGUCACUUGAAUCACUCAUUGUUUUCAGUUCCACAGGUCACAUUGUUGAUGUAACCGGACCUGCAAUACUUGAAGAUAUAAAUGUUACUUCAAAUGGUCGAACUCCAGGUGAUGGAUCAGCUUUCGAUGGAAAUGGUUAUGAUGAUAUUAACCUAAACCUAAAAUAUCGAUCUGAAUGGUUACAAGAAAAUGAUGUUAUUGUUUCAAAUGCAAUUACUCGAGGUUUAGUUGAGUCAUUUGUAACAAAUGAUUUAAACAAUUACAAUGGACAAAACACAACAAACACUGAAUGUCUUCAACCUUUUGUCCCCAAAAUGGGCAACUUCAUGGACCAAAGUGAACUGGACAAUUUAAGAAGCUGGAUUGGGGCGGUUAGAGCAAUAAUACGACAAGUAAAACAUCGUAUUCGUAGUUUUAAAGCGAUUGAAAAGCCUUGUUGGCAAGACAGGUUAAACAUAAAUAGCGAUUUAAUGAACGUUUGUGCCAUGAUCAACUGUUUUCAAAUGAUAAGCAUUCCUCUGUGUGAUGACACCUUUGAUCCAACCUGUUCACCUGAAUAUCGUCGAUGGAAUUUCAGUCAUUGUAAACCUGAAGGACCAUCACUUUUAGAUGAAGCUGAUUUUCGUCAAAUAUCAAAAAAUCAAGUCUCGUUUCCGCCAAUGUCCAGAGAAGAUAUUCGAGAUCACACUCUUCAAGUUUACCAAGUAACUCGAGGAUAUGGAAUGAUGCGAUCGCUUUCAUGUUCAAACUCGUUUGAUUCACUAAACCCACCAAACAUUAAAGAUGUCUUCAUUUGGGAACCUUGUGAUUACCAAAUAAUGCUUAAAGUUGUACUUUCAUGUUCACAAUUUGAUUCAGAAUCAACAACCCAUUUCUGGUAUUCAAUAAGACAAAAUGAAACCCGAAUUGGUUGGAUGUGCGGUUGUGAUGUUGGUAGAUUGGGUUCGUGGUGUUGUCAUCAUGUUUCAACUGUAUUUAAAGAUCUUGGUUAUCGUUAUCAUCCAUUUGGCCCACCCAAUCUAGCAAUAUUAGUUCAUUAGAUUAAUCAAUUUAAUUCCUCAUCUAGUUAACAAAUGCCAUGACUUGCUCACUUUCCUUGUCUCCUCCACUCAAACAAAAUCUCAAAUGCCAAAAAAUGUCUAAACAAAAACUUAAAAACUUAAUUGGUUAACACGCAAAAAGAGUACAAAAAUAGUUUUUAAAUGUAAACAAAACUAAAAAUGAAAAAAUGAUCUCAUAUUGUUGACAUUUAAAUAUCAUUGAUGAAAACAAAAGUCAAACAAAAAUGUGAAAAUGAUAUAAAAUGUUAUUUAAUGUAAUUUAAUUAUCUAAUGUUAAUGUUGAAACUGUCCCACCCUUUUCCACCCAAACAUCAAUUGUUCAAAAAAAAUAAAUUGUUUCAAUUGAA